UUCUUGAAAUGAGGAUUUGAAAGUUUGACAAAAUUAUUAAUUAUCUAUCUAAGAUUAGAAGUAUAUUGCUUGUACGUAGUUCCUAGCUAGUCCAAUUUCAGUCCAAAUUACACCAGAAAUUUGUUCAAUGGAGAAACAGGUGGCGAUCGUCGGGGCAGGGAUCAGUGGCCUUCUGGCCUGCAAAUACGCUCUAGAGAAAGGAUUCCACCCAGUAGUCUUUGAAGCUGGAAGCAAGGUAGGUGGUGUUUGGGCACAAACAAUAGAAUCCACCAAACUCCAAAACAACCAACAAGCUUAUCGGUUCUCUGAUUUCCCAUGGCCUGCUUCUGUGAAACAAGACUAUCCAAACAAUACCCAGGUCAAGGAGUAUAUUGAAUCCUAUGCUCAGCACUUUGGGAUAUUGCCUUUUAUCAAGUUCAAUUCAGAAGUGAUUAGUAUAGAUUACGUUGGGGAGUCUGAUGCAGAGAUGAAGGCAUGGGAUCUGUGGGGUGGAAAUGGCAAGGCAUUUGGCUCUAACGGAAAAUGGCAUAUAACAGUGCAGGAGGGUGGAAAAGGUUCCAUAGAGGAGUACCAAGCCGAGUUCUUGAUUCUAUGCGUUGGAAGAUUCAGUGAUUUGCCAAACGUUCCAGAGUUCCCUCAACGUCAUGGCCCUGAAGUAUUCCAUGGUAAGGUGAUGCAUUCAUUUGACUAUUCUGCCAUGGAAAAUGCAGAGGCAGCUAAUUUUAUUAAAGGAAAGAGGGUUGCAAUCAUCGGUUCACAGAAAUCUGCAGUGGACAUAGCAGCAGAAUGUGCAGAUGCUAACGGAACUGAUUUCCCAUGCACAAUGAUUCAGAGGAAUACCCAUUGGAUGUUUCCGUCGGACCAAAUAUGGGGAGUUAAUUUGGCUUACUUAUACUUCAAUCGCUUCGCCGAGCUACUGGUUCACAAGCCUGGUGAAACCUUUCUUCAUAGUAGUUUGGCCACUCUGUGUUCUCCCUUGAGAUGGGGGGUCUCAAAAUUUGUAGAGAGCUACCUCAGAUGGAAGCUUCCCAUGAAAAAACAUGGAAUGAUACCAGAACACGGCUUUCUUCAAGAUGUUUCUUCUUGUCGGAUUCUUAUGCUGCCUGAUAACUUUUAUGACAAAGUGGAAGAAGGAAGUAUCAUUUUAAAGAAACCAAAAGGCUUUCAAUUCUGCAGAGACGGUUUGGUUAUUGAUGGAGAAAAUGAGCGUCUGAAAACUGACCUCGUUAUAUUUGCCACUGGAUUCAGAGGUGAUGAGAAGCUCAAAAGUCUGUUUCAUUCCCCAACCUUCCAAGAUUACAUUAUGGGGUCACCCACUUCCGCAGUUCCUCUCUACAGAGAGAUGAUUCAUCCUCGAAUACCAAGACUGGCUGUAAUUGGAUACUCGGAGAGCCUGUCGAAUUUACACACGUCGGAGAUAAGGUCCCAGUGGUUGGCACAUUUUCUGAAUGGAAGCUUUGAAUUGCCAAGCAUAAAGAGUAUGGAGAAGGAUGUGAUGAGGUGGGAUAAAUACAUGAAGCAGUAUGCUGGGUGGAUGUACAGAACAAACUGUAUAGGUGGUCUGCAUAUAUGGUACAAUGAUCAAUUGUGCAGAGAUAUUGGAUGCAAACCAAGAAGAAAGAAAGGGUUCUUUGCAGAUUUGUUUCUACCAUAUGGACCAACAGACUAUGUGGGACUCAGGGCUCAGUGAUCCAAACAAUGCCCACUUAUUUCUGGUAUAUGUUUAGAUCAUGAAUCAGUGAAGGGAUUCAGCGAGGAAACAACAUAAUAAAAGACAUUAUAGAUUUCGAAAUUCGACAUUUAUGUUUAUUUCAUGGACAAGCAGUUGAAUUUUGAGCUGCAACUGAGAGAUUUAUUUAGUUUGUCAAACAACUGAAUCAAACUGCGCGAGUUAUUAGAGAUUAUUAAUUUGGUGCUCUUUUUCUUU